AUGGCCGGCGACGAUAAAAUGAACAUUGAUAGUAUAAUUGCACGCCUUUUGGAGGUGCGACGCAUAAGGCCGGGUCGAAAUGUUCAGCUAAAUGAUUCUGAAAUCCGAGGGCUCUGUCUCAAAUCCAGAGAGAUAUUCCUAAGUCAGCCGAUUUUACUCGAACUUGAAGCUCCAUUAAAAAUAUGUGGGGAUAUACAUGGACAGUACUAUGACCUUCUGCGUCUUUUCGAAUAUGGAGCUUUCCCGCCGGAAGCCAACUACCUGUUUCUCGGUGAUUACGUCGACCGUGGGAAACAGUCUCUGGAAACAAUCUGCUUGCUCCUCGCAUAUAAAAUCAAAUACCCAGAGAAUUUCUUUCUUCUAAGAGGCAAUCACGAAUGUGCCUCAAUCAACAGAAUUUACGGAUUUUAUGAUGAGUGUAAACGGCGUUACAACAUAAAACUUUGGAAAACUUUUACGGAUUGCUUCAAUUGUCUCCCUAUCGUCGCAAUCAUUGAUGAGAAAAUAUUCUGUUGUCACGGGGGUCUUUCGCCGGACCUGCUGAACAUGGAGCAGAUUCGACGCAUCAUGCGUCCAACAGAUGUUCCUGAGCAGGGUCUUCUUUGUGACUUGCUCUGGUCAGACCCUGAUAAGGACGUUUCGGGUUGGGGUGAAAAUGAUCGCGGUGUAAGCUACACUUUUGGCACCGAUGUUGUGGCAAAGUUCCUGCAAAAACACGACCUCGACCUCAUAUGUCGGGCACACCAAGUCGUAGAAGACGGUUAUGAAUUCUUUGCUAAACGGCAAUUAGUCACAUUGUUCUCGGCGCCAAACUACUGUGGAGAGUUCGACAAUGCUGGUGCCAUGAUGUCCGUCGAUGAGACUCUCUUAUGCUCGUUCCAGAUUUUGCGACCAGCAGAGAAGAAGAAACCGUACGCCCCAUUGGUUGGUGGGAACAGACCGACGACCCCACCACGGGGCACCAAACCGAAGGGGAAAUAA